AUGUAUUUUAGAACAAAAAAAGGAAGUAGGUCCUGGCCGGGUUCGAACCGGCGACCUUCUGCGUGUGAAGCAGACGUGAUAACCACUACACCACAGGACCACACGAGGAAGAGAGGGGCAAGUAUCAACUAUAAAGGGGGGGGGCGCGGGGAGCCGUAUUGGGAGGACGAAUUCUUGAAAUGGAAUCCGCCGAGCUACGAGGGCGCCGAAGAGAUUUUUUUGUCGAGUUCCGAUAUUUGGAUUCCCGAAUUUUCGUUGUAUUACAGUCUAAACUUCAACGACGCUGUCAAACUCCAAUCCAACAAUGAUAUUCGAGUGAAUUAUACGGGUCAUGUUCGCUAUUAUAUUCCAUUUUCAUCGGAAUCUCUGUGCAAAUUGGACGUGAAGUUCUUCCCAUUUGAUGUCCAACAAUGCACCCUGCUCUUCGGCUCAUGGGCUCAUUCAAAUGAUUCUAUCAAAUACAGUCUGUAUUCUCAAAAUUUAUCACUUAUCGAUUUUUAUGACAAUCAAGAAUGGGAGCUGGACACCCAUAAUAGCUCAGUACACUCGGAUGGGUUUUUGUAUGACUAUCUGGACCCGCCCCUUUUCUGGGAGAUGAUCAUUAUUACGUUGGUCAUGAAGCGGCAGAGUUUUUAUUAUGUUUUCAACUUGGUCAUACCUAGUACAAUGAUCACCCUGGUAUCGGUUAUUGGUUUUCAUACACCUAGUACAAGUGGGAGAAUGAGAGACGCAAAAUUCCGUCUGGGCAUAAUGACCCUGAUGAGUAUGUCAGUUAUCCUGCUAGCCAUAGUGGAGGACAUGCCGAAAUUCUCAAUGGGUACCAAUCGACGGGGUCGUGGCUCGUUUUCUGGAAUUCCGCUGAUCGGAUUGUACUAUUUCAUUCUCUUGGCAAUCAUUGGCAUGUCUACAGUAACCACCUCGAUGUUUGUUUAUUUGGAACGGGAGUCGCGGGUUAAAUUGAAUGUCCCGUGGUACCUAAAGUGGCUCUCUUUCGAUAUUUCACCAUCGAAAAUUGCGAGAAAACUGUCCCGGUACCGUCCACAAGCGAUGUCGCAGCCACCAUCAGAGCAUCUCCUCUCGAAUGGCCACGUGCGAACCGGGAUUCGAGACAAGGCUCGCGGGGUGGCCGCCUCAUUGCUCAGCCUUCUUCCUCGCCCUGGAUCGAAUGCCGAUAAUGGGAAUCAAGCGUCGUCGCCAUUUCAUAUGCAACACAUUCACGCUUAUCACCAGGACAACCCAACACCAGCCAGAGAAUCGAUUAGAAGACGUUUGAGCAUGUCCCAGUACGACAAUAUGCUCAUUUAUCAGUACUAUGAGCAAGCACUGGAGGAUAUUGCCAAUGGGGUCACCAGGAUGGAUAGGACCAUUGCGGAGAUUAGGUCCGAAAUGAUGACGCUGAUCCCUCAGGAAGACAUCAAUACCAAAUGGCAAGCUGUGAUUCGGAGGCUCGAGCUCCUUUCCCUUGUCUUCUAUGUCUCCGUGCUCUUCACCACUAUGUACUUGUUCUUCUAUCAUGAUUGGUACUGCGCAAUCGGCCAUAAUCCGUGCGGUCAGUCGAAUUUGAAGUGUCCCUGGAUGGCGCACACUCCGGAUGAUCCGCAUUGCGAACACAACUCUUAUAAUUAA